GAAAUCCGUCUUGGGCCAACGUUCCACAUAGAAUGGAGAAGGAAGAGAGCGUUCCAAGGCGGCUUUGUCCACUGCGACGUCACGGAGGGGCGGAGGCGGCGGGGAGCAUUGAGAAGCAUUAUAAUUGUGUUCCAGGAGCAGGCGCCAGUCAUCCAGCCCCCCCCUUUUUCUCCCACACAGUGGAAGAGGCGAAGCGUGGGAAAGGGAUGGCUAGGUCUUAACCACAGGGACAGCCGGAGGAGGGAGCACUGUGUCACCAGCAAGUCAGGAAUACACAGCAACUUGGCUCUAGGGAUCCACAAUCCCCGAAUAGCCGGCCACUCACUGGGAGGACAACCAUGAAGAGGACUCACGAAUACAGCUCUUCUGACAGCGAACUGGAUGAGAAUAUUGAGGUGGAGAAAGAGAGCGCAGAUGAGAAUGGGUAAGAAAACAUCCUUUAAAUGGACAUUAUGGGACUGUUAAAUAAAACACAAUAUCAUAUCAUACCCUCUUAUAGGAAGGAGCAUUGGUCACCAAAUAUUAGCAUCUCGCAGAUUAGCAGAGCUGAUAAAGCAAUCACAAUAUUAUAAGUUUCUGAACUGUUAUUAUAAAUAAAAAUAAAAUAUGAUCUAAAUAAAUCCACACUUUUGUGAUUUUUGCUUCUGGUUUGGUAAACUAGGACUGAUUGUGGGACUAUCCCAAUCCUCUGUGUGUAGUCUUUGCAAAAUUUAUUACAUUUCAAAAUGUUUUACCAGAAAGAAAACAGAUUUUUUUUUUUUUAAAUUAUUAUUUUUUUUUUUUUAAACUACGCCCUGUGUACUGAUAGUGUCAUCAGCUGAUUCCCUCACACUCCUAUAAAGUUUCUAUUGUUCAUUUAUUAUUUAUUUACGGUAUUUUUUAUUUUUAUUUUUUUUUAGCAACCUGAGUUCAGCUCCUGGCUCAAUGUCUCCAUCCACUUCUUCUCAAAUCUUGGCAAGAAAGAGGCGCAGAGGGGUGAGUAUUGCAUACCUGCAUUUACUGUCAGCAGAAAAGCCUCAGUCACUUGUCACUAUACCUAAAUCCUCUACUUCUCUCUUUUUAGAUUAUUGAGAAGCGACGUCGGGACAGAAUUAAUAAUAGCUUGUCUGAGCUAAGGAGACUGGUUCCAAGUGCUUUUGAAAAACAGGUAAUUAAUGAUUAGGGUACAUUUCUAAAUGUAAAAUUUUUUGAUAAAAUUUAGCAAAACUUUAAUAAUUUGCUUAUAACAUGAUCUCACAAAGGAUAUACUAAAGAAUUGGCAUUUAAAGGCACAUAUUUUAGUUCUAGUGUAUACUGCUACUGUGUCAAUUCAGAUUUAUUCUAAUUUAUUAUUAAUAUUUAUUUAAAACAUCCGACUGCCAGUGAUUGAUACAAAAAUUGAUCUGUUGGUAUGACUUUUUGUUUGGCUGUUAAAGUGGAUUUCUCUGACUAUGAAAAAUUCAGGUAUUUAUUGGUGUGUUAAAUGUGGAUUUAAUGUUUGCAGGGAUCAGCAAAAUUAGAAAAAGCAGAGAUAUUGCAGAUGACUGUCGAUCACCUGAAGAUGCUGCACACAGCAGGAGGGAAAGGUAAUAAAUUAUACACUGUGAGGUUCUGCAAUACAUACAAAUAUUUUAUGUUUCUGCACAAAGAUUCGCAGUUUGUCUAAACAACAAUUUUUGGGCAAUAUUCUAAAAGUGCACCAACCAUCAGGAACGUUGCAUUCAUUGCUAUGGGGACUGCUUUAGUUUCAGUAUUUUACCCAGCAUUAGUUUAUGAUCAUAUCCCCUCUAUAUGCCUCACAUCACAAAAUAUUCCUAUUAUUUUUAUAUUAUCAAUAUUUGAUUAACACACAGUUGAUGAGGCAGAUAUCUGGUGUAAAGUGAUUUAUACCUAUCUUUAUUUCUAAAAUAUGAAUUGCAAAUACAUUAAUGAUUGCUUUAUCCUCUUUAUUAAUGUAUUUUUAUCAGAGAGGAUUUUGACAAGAUCCAGUAUCUGCACUGCUUCUGCUACGAUACACAUCCUGUGCUGAUUUGUGCUGGGAGAAUCCUUAUUCCCCCAUUGUCAGCUGUCAAAGCAGUUGUCAUUUUCUGACUGAGAGAAGCGUUAGGACUUUGAAUAGUAUAAAAUCUAUGGCUGUAUUAGACCCUUUCAUUCCCUUAAGGUUUCUGCUAUGUUAAACUCUUUACCUUCAUUAUCCUUUUGCCACGUCUUUUUGAAUUUUCACUCUAUUUAUAAUUUACACUUUAAUUUUUUUGCUUGUAUUUUUCUGGGAUGCAGUUUCAUGUAUCCACUACUCUUGUAGCAAUGCAUCUUACAUCUCUAUAAUGCUAAAGCUACAACUAUUGCAAAGAAAAGCAUUGCGGUGAGGUUUUCAACAAUUUCUGCUAGCUGGAUUUUAGUUCACCAUUAAUUAUAGAUCACUUAAGCAAAGUCACUUUAUUUGAUUUUCACAUAUGAAAUCAGCACAUGUAACAAAUCACUUUAUUAUAAUCAGGAUGCAGACCAGAGGAGAGGUUCAACUAUAUGAGCUGUAGAACCAAGGUGACUACAUAGUAAUCAAUCUGUGUGCUAGAACUGUUGUGUUCUCCAGGAUUGCAGCCUCUGUCUCUAUUCCUUAUUUGAAAACCCAUGUUUUGUGAUGAUUACUGCUCACUGUAAAUACUGGAUACAGUUUAACUACAGAGCAUUUCAUAGCAAACUAUGAAAAAUAAAAAAUAUAUUUUCAUUUGGUUUAAAAAGCUAAGUAAAUGAAUAUGUGAAAUCCAAUAACUCUGGGCUUUGGAGGUUUUGCAUAAGGCAUCUUUUUGUGAAUAUGUUGUAAUUAUGUAUGGAUAAUGUUUGACAUUGCAUCUUAUAUUUUCAUUUUCCACCCAUUAAAGGUUAUUUUGAUGCCCAUGCUCUUGCAAUGGACUAUCGGAGCUUGGGUUUCAGAGAAUGUCUAGCUGAGGUUGCCCGGUAUCUAAGCAUCAUUGAAGGUCUGGACACAGCUGAUCCUCUGCGAGUUCGACUUGUUUCACAUCUCAACAACUACGCCUCCCAGAGAGAAGCUGCAAACUCUGCGCAUACAGCCAUCGGACACAUUCCCUGGGGUGGUGCAUUUGGUCACCAUCCUCAUCUGUCUCACCCAUUGCUGCUGGCACAGACUUCUCAUAGCAGUACAAACAGUACUCCCUCUUCUUCAGAACCUCAUCACCAGAGCAGACUUCCUGGCUCACCGCACGCUGAAUCUUCCACGCUCCGGGUUCCCCCUAAUGGGAAUAUUGCGUCAGUGCUUCCAGUAGUUACUUCCUCAAAACUGUCGCCCCCACUGCUGUCUUCAAUUUCAUCACUUUCAGCAUUUCCCUUUUCUUUUGGAUCAUUUCAUUUAUUGUCACCUAAUGCAUUGAGCCCAUCAGCGCCUACACCAUCAGGCAAGCCUUACAGACCCUGGGGCACAGAGAUUGGGGCAUUUUAGGACACCAGUGAUGAGAACUGUUUAGUUGCUACGGGGUUUACAAAUCCAGCUGUGCUGGAUUUUAAUCUCUGACAUUUAUCAUGUACUUGCCAACCUGUGUGGUACAAUGGUACAAAUACAUGUGACUUUUACUUUUUUUUUUUUUUUUUUAAUAUAUAUUUAACAUUUUUUAAAAAAAAAAUUAAAAAAAAUUAGCAACAAGAAAAAUAUGGUACACCGUACAUUGCAUUAGUGGUGUAACUGAAAUUCAAAUAGGUCUUUACUGAUUAUUUAACUUGCUUUGUAAAAAUUAUAUCACUUUAUCUCACAACAUUGGAGUUUUUUAACAAAUAGUUUUGUUUUGUGUUUUUUUUUGUGUCUAUUUUCUUCUUUCGUAAACAUUCUCUUAUUUUUAAUUUGCUGAAUGAUCAUUUCUGCAAGAAUUUUCAUACUUUCUGUUUUGCUAAUAUUUUAAGAGUUAAAAUGUUCUAUAAGAAAUAUCUUUAUAUAAACCUAUUUUUGUGUGCAGGUUUUUUAUAUUUCAAAGCGUUGACAAAUCAGAUUAUUCAGCUUUAUCCAAGAAAAGAGAACGGUUUUCAUUGUAAUGAUUACAUAUGCUGAGUGCAGUCAAAGUUGAAUGAUAGGUGUAUACAAGAUACAUCUAUAUUGCACAUUAAUCUGAAAUAUAAAACAUUUCAACAAAAUUCCUAUUGUCUAAUGUAUUUUCUUACCUGGGGCUCUAGAACACUUAUUUAACAAUUAGAUUUAUUUAAUAUAACACACAUCUACAUGGGUGUAUAUAAUUCUCUGUACAUGAAUUCGUUAUGAAAUAAAAGGUGGUUUCUACUGUACUGGAAUAAUUACUGUUGUACUGGUCUGAUGUGACAAAAUAAAAGAGUCAGAAUUCUUUUUUCCACCUGAUGUAUCAUCUUUUUAAAUUUUAAUAUAUUUUAUUAAUGGGACAAUCUGUGCAUUUACUAAAGGCUUUUUUAAUCAACAUUUCACAAUGUUAGAAAAAAGAAAAUCAUGUUUUAACUUGACAUAGUUUACCUCCUAAGAG